AUGGGGCGCACCGGAUCUGGAGAAAGAGAUGUGGCGCGCCGGCCGUCGGAGGUGCAGGAGAUGGGGCGCGCCGCCGUCGGAGGUGCAGGAGAAGAUGGCGCGUUGACCGGCGGAGGCGGAGGAGAUGGGGCGCGGCGGCCGCCCCAACUAGAGGAGAAGGCUGCGCGUCAGCCAGCUAAGGCGGAGAAGAUGGGUCGCGCCGGCCGCCCCAUACGGAGGAGGACAUGGGUGCGCAAAGGCCACCGGCGGUGGCGGAGAUGUGGUAGCGGCAGCGGUGGGGGAGAUGGGGGCGCGGCGGCUGUGGAGGGGAUGGAGGCGCGGCAGCUGUGGAGAGGUUAG